AUGAAGAUCACCGAUUUUUCAGCGAAACUGCAAGGCCCUCCGGAGACGGAAACGUUGCUAAACUGCUUGGUAGGUGUUCUUCUCGGUGUCACACGAAGAAAAGCAACUGAAGGGCCGACACGAAAAGGCAUUUCUACCUCGCCAGAUGGAAACAGUGAGGCGGGAGUUAUUUCCUCUCUCCGUAGCGUGAAUCCCUCUUCGGAAGAUGACUCUUUUGCUCAAGACGUCUAUCUCAAUGAAUUAUGUUCUUAUUUAUCAUCGGGGACAUCUUCGAGAGAGACGGGCGAAACUCCUGGAGCGUCUCCGCCGAUUCCGUUGCCCUUGCCUAAAAUUGGAUCCUUUCAGAAGGCUCGGACACUUUUCACGCGUCUCGCUAAGUCUCAUUACUGGCGUCGCAGGUUUUUGAUUCCAUUACUGCGCCGUUGGUGGCGGGAAGAGGGUCAUUCUGUUUUUGGUUUUCUUCUCCUUCAAAGUAUCACCGACGCGGUUGCGAGGGAGUUGGUGUGCAUCCAAUCGGAUAGUGGGGAAGCAGUCAUGGGGAAUGAAGGACAAGAGACGUGUCAUGAUGAUGGGAUGGGAAAUAACAAAAAGCUUCUUUGUCCAGGAGCCAUGCAGGAUUUAGAGGAGUUGCUGAAGUCUACAGGAUCCUUUAGGGGUUUGUGUAUUGGCGUUGAUGCCAUCAUUCGAAAUAAUUUGAGUAAUCUGCUGCGGUGUGUGAGAAAACUUCUUGCGGGAGGCGCCUGCAAGGAUGAAAAGGAUGCACUCACUGGGAGCGCUCGAGCUGAAAUGGAGUGCCUAGUAGACGGUUCGACGAAAUCCGUAUUAAAGGAUUUGUUCGCUUUUUUUUUCGGGACAAUGAAUGAUGUGGAAAAGGCAUUUCGUGAAUCUGUUUGGACAUUUUUAGUGGCUCUUCUUUCAGCUUACACGGGUGCUCUUAUUCUGCUUAAGAGGGAUACCAAUUCCGAUGCCCAGGACAAUCUUUUCUUCUUGGAGGCUCAACGUAUGUUUAUUGGAAAAAUGCAAGAACACUUGCGGGGAUAUCUCACGGUUCGUCUCUCGUCCGACAGCGUGGCCAUGGGUAACUCCCCCGUGACGGUGCAUAAUGUUGUGUGUCGACAGUCCUUUUUCUGGAGGGCUUCAAUGGAAGUGGAAAUUGCAAUGGAGUCGUUGCCACCUGCUUUCAUAUCAAAUUCGUUAGUGGUGUCCUGGGCACGUAAAUUGGUAGCUGCUGCAUGGGGAAAUGCGUUUUGUCUCGUACAGUCACUUGUGCGUGCACAGGAGGCUACUGAAGAGGUGCCGGGCACGGUGGAAACCACGGAUUCCAUUAUUUCCGCUAUACGCCGACGGCACCGUGAGCUGUCGGAGGAGCAUUUGGAACGGCUGGUGUCGGCAGAGUUGAGAUGCUUUUCCGGUACAAAGCGUCCGCGCAUGCUUGAAACGGACGCUGUUGGUGACAAAACAAAGGGAGGAUCAAGAACAGUGCCCACGACAGAGGAGACGCCGGCAUUCGGGUUUUCAUCAUAUGCCACUGAAUAUUUUCUAAGAACGUAUCAUCCAAGUUGCUUUGCCGUUCUGUCGUUGGUAGAACAGGACACCCUUGUUCUUUUGUUGCGUCAACUGUAUGCUGUUAUUGUCAACAAGGAACGUGAGGCGAUACGGCGUUCUUUGCUGACUGUUAUUGUGCCCGAUGGCAGUAACGUGACGGAUACUCAGAAGUCGCUGUUGCAGUGGCAUUUACAUCAUGUUCACACUCAAGUUGUGCAGGCCCUUGGGGAAGACGCCUUACUGCUGAUGUGUUUGUUGCAUGCUGUAUUUAUCUUUCUUGAACGUAUUGGGAAGACAAAUCUGAAUGUGUGCGAUGUUCUAAGCGACACACUUCUACCUAUUCUGGCUAUGCUGUGUUCAGAACGCCACGGCGGCUUUGCUGAACAUGAGGAUGGGGAACAAUACUACGAGAUCCAGCAGUGUAUUAUGAUGCUCCUUGCAUCAGGUUUUCUUGUGCUACCUUGGUGCCUUCGUGGGAUUCGAAUUCGACAGGUUCUAUACAAUUAUAUUUGGGCGAAUUUACGGGAUUCUUUUUCUGCCGAAGAGGCUUUCACGGAGGUGAGUCAUAUUUUUGUGCAAUAUGCCGAUGUUCUUAAUCCAGCAGAGGAUGCAGCGGCAGCUCUGUGUGGAGAUCUUUCGGACGAUCCUUUUUUGCGGAUGCUGGCGUCUGAAGGCGAGGCGGCAACGACCACAAUGGAGGUGAUGGAUGAUUUAUUGCGUUUAGAGACGCCUGUGCAAUUUCCUGCACCCUGCGGCGCGUUGUUGCUCAUCUCCAUUUUUCGCACUUUGUCGCUUAACUUUUCGCGACUUUUUGCAGAGUGGGAGCAACAGAAACAGCAUGUGCGGGAAGGUGCAAUGGAUUAUUUGGGGCGGGAGGCUACAUUCUGUACGAUAAGGGAUAUUGGUGUCUUUCGAGUUCUUAUCCAGUUGGCACAUCGUAUGGUACUAGGCUUUCAGUUGCAACCAGUUGGCUUACUGCGAUUAUGGCUAUCAUUUUUGACUCAUCUCUUUACCCAUUUUGUACCUCAUUUGACUGAAGAUGAUGAAAUUGUGCUGAUGACAUUACACACAAAGGAUGGAUCCCGGUCUCGUGCCGAGGAAGAACCACCACGACGCGCAUAUAAACGCUCGCCGAAUGAAACCUCUCAGGGCGAGCUACGUGCCAUUUUGGGCGAACUUCUUGCGGACCUUGCAUUGAUGCCCCUUGUGGAUGCUGAGGCGGUUAUGCAGUGUCCUGUGGCAGUUCCACACCGUCCUGGUAGCGCACAGUGGAUACAGAAGCAAAGUGAGCGGUCACAGGAUGUCCUCAUACUGCAACGCGUGCUUCCCGUUCUUGUGCUGGAGGAAUUGUGUUUUGCGCUGAGAAUCCCCAUCGAGGAUUUGGACGAGAGGGAGGCGGAUCAGGCGUUUGUACGCCAAGUGGGAAAGACGGUGGAGCAGUCUUUCUUGGGUGUACUUGGCGUGUUUGCAUUCUGCCAACGCAUGGAGCUUUUUGUGGUCCCGGGAACUUUUACGGACAAGCGCUUUGCAGAGUUGUUGCAAACUCUCUGGUUGGCGGUGGAGGCAGGUUCCAUGGUGAUGGCGCCCACGUGA